CAUGGAAACCCCACAACUCCCAGAUAAAUAACCAUAAAUAAAUAUCCAGUUAAUAAGCAAUCCCUGAAUAAUGCAGUACUGCUGGCUUCCACAGGAGCGACGUGAACCCGUCUUCCGGGAGAAGCCACCGGUGGUCCUCUCAAGCAGUCGAUAUCAACGCAUCCGGGCAAAUGCCAGUCAGGCGGCCAAGCAGGAGCAACUGCAUCAGCAGGAGCUGCGCAGCCAGGCGGAUGAGAAGCUGCGGAUUGGAGGCGAGGAGCUGCUCCGUAAAUUUGCCGGUCGGAAUUUGUGCAUCACGCGGGAAGAGGAAUGUGCCCGUGAGCUGAAACAGAUGCAGGAUCAGCACCUGGAGGCCAAACGCCUGGCGGAGGAGGAGACCAAGGCCUCGCGGCUGGAGCACCAGAAAACCAGAAAGGAUCGAAUCGAGGCUGCCCAAAAAGUGGUGGAGCAACUGCGUCCCGGUCCGCGGGAACUGCAAUGCGCCCGUCUGCAGAGCGAAGUCAUGCGGAGCGUCAAUGUGCAGCGGGAGGUGCAGGCGGAGUUCGCCAAGGCCAACCAGCGGCAGCAGGAGCUGGACAGGAAGAUCUUCCAGGAGCAGGUGCUUCGUGGCUUCGAGGAGGCCCAGCAGCGUCACAAGGAGCAAUGCCAGCAGCUGGGCGAGCACAAAAAGGAGCUGCUUCAGUUAAUUGCGGAGCGGGAGAGGGAACGACAGGCCACCAAAGCCAAGGAGUUGGAGGAAGCACUUCAAGAGCGGGAGCGAAACCAUCGCAUGUUGAGGGAUCAGCAGGACAAGGAGAAGGAGCUGCUGGCCUCCAAGCAGCGCCAGAAGAGGGAGGAGGCGCUGGCCUCGCUGGUCAUGUCCGAGCAGCGACAGAAGCGCCUCCAGAUGCUCGAGGAGGUGGAGCAGGUGCAGUGCGAUGUGCACAACAAGGCCAAGGGCCACUUGGAGAAGCUCAAGCGGGACAGGGCCAAGGAGCGAGUGGAGCAGCGCAUCCGGCGGAACGAGAAACUGGCCAAGGAACUGGCUCCUCGCCUGCACUACAGUGCUCGGGAGGAUGAGGAGCGGCACAAGCGCCAAUUGGAGGAGAUGCGAAAGGUGCACAGUGCCGAGCAGGCCAAAAGAAGGCAAGCCCGGGAGCAGGCCAAGAAUGCCCGAUUGGCUGUCCAAAGAGAGGAGGAGGAGUUGGCCAGGAAGAUGAGACAAAAAGCUGCGGAGGAUCGCAAGGAGGCGGAGAAGCUGCGUCUCCAAAACGAUCUCACCAAUGUCCAGUUCCAAAGACAGCAACGGCUGGAGCAUCUCCAACGCAUUCGCGAACUGCGUCGAGAACUCGAUGACCAGGUGAAGAAACGCUUCGAGGAGGAGACCCGACCAGGUACAAACUACAAUCGGGAGGCCCAGUUGGAGGAGUUGCGCGAGGAUGCCUUCUUCUUCGACUACGCCCGCCAGCUGAUGGACGAGGCCAAGGCCAAGGGUUGUCCUCUCAAGCCAUUUAUCCGCGCUGUUGGCCAGUAUAAAAGCGAAAAUCGCAUUGGAGCCGAGAUACGGAUUCCUCGCCACAUGGUCACCCGAUUGCCCAUGGGCAGGCGAACUCAGGGAGACAGCAAAGCGGAGGGCAAGGAACAAUCCUUGGAGAAGCAGGAACCCAAUGCUAGUCAGCUGAGUAAGGAAGAAAUGAUUUUAAGGCAGAAGAUUGAGGAAAACCUCAAGAGCAUUGAGGAAUUGGUUUUGCAGGAAGGCAAGUCCCAAAAGGAUACAAAGAUUUCAUAA